AGGUGUCACAUCACAUGAUUUUAAACACGUGACGCGGGGCACGCCAAUUCAAGCGGCUCUUCCCACCCCGGUCAUUGAUCAGAUUAGACAUCCAAAGAUCAAUUGAUCUACUUACUACCUAACUCCCCCUUCAAACCCAUUCGUUUACAAAUUCAAUUCAAAAGAAGAGAUGUGGACCUUCUACGGAAGCCGCUUGAUCUCCGGCUAAUCGACUCUGCAAGCCUUACCUUCCUCCCCGCUAUAAAUUUUCAUGACUCUCGCCUCAUCUCUCACAACCCUCCCCCGCACUUCUCACCUGCACCCACUCUACCUCACUUCCCAAUGGCCUCGGACGAAUAUAUCCUCACGCUCUCCUGUCCGGAUCGGCCCGGGAUCGUCCACGCCGUGACCGGGUUUCUAGCUCAGCACAACCUAAACAUCGUCGACUCCCAGCAAUUCGGCGACGCCUCCUCCAAAAAGUUCUUCAUGCGCGUCCACUUCGCACCCGCCUCCCCCUUCACGCCCUCCAGCUUCUCGGAAUCCUCACCAAUCGACUCCACCGAGCCUUCGGUGCUAAACGUCGAGGAGCUCAGGAUAAGCUUCACGCCGACGGCUGACAAGCUGCGGAUGAGCUUCGAGCUCAGUUCCGUGGCGCAGAAACCGAGAGUCCUCAUCAUGGUUUCGAAGAUUGGUCAUUGUUUGAAUGAUUUGCUGUUCCGGCAGAGUAUAGGGCAACUCAAAAUCGAAGUCCCGCUCGUCAUCUCCAACCAUCCUGAUUUCGCGCCCCUCGCCGCAACUUACAACGUCCCAUUCUUCCACCUCCCGGUCACAGCAGACACCAAAUCUUCCCAGGAAGAGAAAAUCCUUGAGCUGGUAAAAGAGCAUAGCAUUGAUCUCAUUGUAUUGGCAAGAUAUAUGCAAGUCCUGAGUCCGAAAUUGUGUGAGGAGAUGAGUGGCAAGAUUGUCAAUAUCCAUCAUAGCUUCUUGCCGAGCUUUAAGGGCGCGAAGCCAUAUCAUCAGGCGUAUGAGAGAGGGGUUAAGAUUGUUGGCGCGACGGCGCAUUUUGUUACUAGUGAUUUGGAUGAGGGGCCGAUUAUUGAGCAGGAUGUUGUGAGGGUUGAUCAUGCAAUGAGUCCGAAGGAUCUUACGACUGAGGGUUCGAAUGUUGAGAGCAAGGUGUUGGCGACGGCUGUGAAGUGGGUUACGGAGAAGAGGGUCUUGUUGAAUGGUCAUAAGACUAUUGUCUUCAAUUGAUGAACGGACGAAUAAUGAUGAAAGACUUAGAAUUGAGAACCAAAACGUGUUCUGGCGUUGAGCUUUGAGAAGGAAAAAGCACUUCACUCUCACGCGGGAUAAUUUCCAAUUA